AGGAGAGAAAAAAGUAGAGAGAGUCAGACGGAGAGUGUUUCUUUUGUCACCCUACACUUUCUUCAAAUUUCCCGCAAAUUUCUUAAAGACCACCAUCACUUUUAGUAAAUUUUGAACUCUGCAUUCAUUUAUUUUCUUCAACUACUCUUAGUACAAUAAUACUCCCAUUUUCUAUACACAUAUAUUAAUAUUUUUCAAAUUGUUUUUGCCUGUACAAAUCUCAAGAUUUGAUAUCCAGAUUGUCAGUUUCAUUUCUGCUUGGUUUCUUGUUGAAAAGUAGGUAAAUCUUGAAAAACUUACCUUCAAACAUUGCUUGUGAACCUAUUAAUGUGCAUUUUGCAAUGCACAUGAUUGCAUUUCAUGUGUGCUUUAGCUUUUUCGAGAUUAAAAUAUUUAAUAAACUAGAUUAUUCGAUUCUUCCAUCUUUUUGUGAUUUUUUCUAGUUGUUCUCAUGAAACCAAAGUGUUAUUGGCCAAAUAUACUAUACAAUGUGUGAGUGUGUCUAUGAAUAGAUCUUUUCCCUUUUUCAUACAAUUUUGAGUUCUUUAAGUUCCUUUCAUUUCUUGAUUUGAUUGGUUUCUUUUUAAAGAGCUUCUUGAAUUUCUUGGGCAAAGAUCAAAUCUUUUUCAUAAUUUUGAGGUGGGCCAGUGUAAAGAUUCAAUCUUUCUCAUGAUUUGAGGUGGGAUUCUUGAGAACUUGUGUUUUGAGGAGUUGGGUUAGUUUUGAAGUUGGAUAAUUGUGAAAAAAUGCCUGGUAGAAGGAAGAAGAUUCGUUUUAGCAAGAUCUAUACAUUCAAGUGUAAAACAGCAGCUGCAAAAGAUGAUCAUCUUCACAUUGGUGGACCUGGAUUCUCAAGGGUAGUGUUUUGCAAUGAACCUGCUAGCUUUGAGGCUACAAGCAGGAAUUAUGCAGAUAAUUAUGUUAAAACCACAAAAUAUAGUCCUGCAACUUUUGUGCCAAAGUCUUUGUUUGAACAAUUCAGGAGGGUUGCCAAUUUUUUCUUUCUUGUUACUGCUAUUGUGUCAUUCACCCCCAUUGCGCCGUAUUCUGCUGCUAGUUCCAUUCUGCCUCUGUCUAUUGUGAUUGGGGCAACCAUGUUGAAAGAAGGUGUUGAAGAUUAUCGACGAAAGAAGCAGGAUGAUGAGGUGAAUGGCAGAAAAGUUAACAUGCAUCAGGGUGAUGGAUCCUUUAAACUGUGUAUAUGGAAAGAACUGAGAGUAGGUGAUGUAGUUAAGGUUCAGAAGGAUGAAUUCUUUCCGGCUGACCUUCUCUUGCUUUCAUCUAGUUAUGAUGAUGCAAUCUGCUAUGUUGAGACCAUGAACCUUGAUGGAGAAACAAAUUUGAAGCUAAAACAAUCUCCAGAGGUAACCUCAUCCCUUCACGAGGACUCAAGCUAUAAGAACUUUAAGGCCACCAUUAAAUGUGAAGAUCCAAAUGCAAGUUUGUACACUUUUGUUGGAAGUAUGGAGGUGGAAGAAGAAAAAGUUCCCCUUUCUCCACAACAGCUUCUCCUUAGAGACUCUAAACUUAGAAAUACAGAAUUCGUAUAUGGAGCUGUUGUCUUCACUGGCCAUGAGACAAAGGUGAUUCAAAACUCUACUGCACCCCCUUCGAAGAGAAGCAAUAUUGAGAGGAAAAUGGACAAAAUUAUAUACUUUCUUUUUGGCGUCUUGUUCCUAAUAGCAUCUGUUGGAUCAAUUGUGUUUGGAAUUGUAACUAAAGAUGACCUCCAUGGUGACCGCAUGAAGAGGUGGUACCUAAGACCUGAUAAAGCUGAAAUAUUUUUUGAUCCUGAACGAGCUCCAGAGGCUGCAAUGUAUCACUUCCUAACUGCCAUAUUGCUUUAUACUUACUUGAUUCCAAUUUCCUUGUAUGUGUCAAUAGAAGUUGUCAAAGUUCUUCAGUGCGUUUUUAUCAAUCAAGAUAUUGAUAUGUACCAUGAAGAAACAGAUAAACCAGCUUAUGCCCGCACCUCAAAUUUAAACGAGGAACUUGGUCAAAUUCACACCAUACUUUCAGACAAGACAGGAACACUAACUUGCAAUUCAAUGGAAUUCAUCAAGUGCUCUAUCGCAGGAACGGCUUAUGGUCGUGGUGUCACUGAAGUUGAAAGGGCUAUGGCCAAAAGGUUAGGAUCUCCGCUGGAUGGAAUUAAGGAUCAGAAGAAGGAUAUGGAAAAUAAAAAUACAAAACCCCGCAUCAAAGGCUUCAAUUUUGAAGAUGAAAGGAUCAUGAAUGGGAACUGGGUUCGUGAACCUCAUCCACUAAUCAUACAGGGGUUCUUGCGUUUGUUGGCUAUUUGCCACACUGCAAUUCCUGAUAAAGAUGAAGAUACUGGGAAUGUCACGUAUGAAGCUGAGUCACCAGAUGAAGCAGCAUUUGUCAUUGCAGCAUUACAACUUGGCUUUGAAUUUUAUCAAAGGACUCAAACUACCGUUUCAUUGAUUGAGUUGGAUCCUGACACUCAUGAAAAAGUUCAAAGGGAUUAUGACAUUUUGAACGUGUUGGAAUUUAACAGUACAAGAAAGAGGAUGUCUGUUAUUUUGAAAUAUGAGGGAAAAUUUUUGCUGCUCUGCAAAGGUGCUGACAGUGUCAUGUUUGAAAGACUUGGAAAAAAUGGAAGGGAAUUCGAAGAAAUUACCAGAGAGCAUGUGGAUGAGUAUGCUGAUGCAGGUUUAAGAACAUUGAUACUUGCUUAUCGUGAACUGACUGAAGAAGAAUACAAAGAUUUUAAUGAGAAAUUCAAAGCGGCAGCGAAUGCAGUUAGUGAAGAUCGAGAUACUAUGAUCAAUGAAGCCACAGAGCUGGUUGAGAAAGACUUGGUCCUUAUAGGUGCAACAGCAGUUGAGGACAAACUCCAACAAGGGGUCCCUGAAUGUAUUGACAAGCUUGCUCAGGCAGGAAUCAAGAUAUGGGUUUUGACCGGAGAUAAAAUGGAGACUGCAAUUAAUAUCGGGUUUGCUUGCAGUUUACUUAGACAAGGAAUGAAGCAGAUAACAAUAACCUUGGAAACACCAGAGAUUAAACAAUUAGAGAAAGUGGGAGAAAAAGGUCCUAUUGCUCAGGCGUCAAAGAAAAGUGUCAUGCAGCAGAUAAGUGAAGGAAAGGAUCUGAUUGCCUCAUCAAAAAAUGAGGCAUUUGCUUUGAUCAUCGAUGGUAAAUCACUUGCAUAUGCUCUGGAAGAUGACCUGAAAAAAAUGUUUUUAGAUCUAGCAGUUGAAUGUUCCUCUGUUAUUUGUUGUCGCUCAUCACCUAAACAGAAGGCACUGGUAACUAGACUUGUUAAGGAAGAAACUAAAAAGACAACACUGGCAAUUGGUGAUGGGGCUAAUGACGUGGGAAUGCUUCAAGAAGCUGAUAUUGGCAUUGGGAUCAGUGGUGUUGAAGGAAUGCAGGCGGUCAUGUCAAGCGAUAUUGCCAUAGCUCAGUUUAAAUAUUUGGAGCGCUUACUGCUGGUGCAUGGGCAUUGGUGUUACAGAAGGAUCUCUUCUAUGAUAUGCUACUUUUUCUAUAAAAAUAUUACAUUUGGUUUCACUCUCUUCUGCUAUGAGGCAUAUACCACAUUCUCAGGGCAAGCUGCAUACAAUGAUUGGUUUUUGUCCCUUUACAAUGUGUUCUUUACAUCACUUCCGGUGCUUGCAUUGGGCGUUUUUGACCAGGAUGUAUCAGCCAGAUUUUGUCUCAAGUUCCCUUUACUGUAUCAAGAAGGUGUGCAAAAUGUUCUUUUUAGCUGGCGAAGAAUAAUUGGCUGGAUGUUCAACGGAGUCUGCACUGCUAUUAUAAUCUUCUUUCUCUGCAUUAGAGCACUAGAACCUCAAGCCUUCAAGAAAGAUGGGAAGACUGCCGAUAUGGAUGUGAUGGGGCCUACGCUUUAUACAUGUGUAGUCUGGGUAGUUAACUGCCAAAUGGCUGUUUCUAUCAGUUACUUCACCUUGAUCCAACAUAUAUUCAUCUGGGGUGGAAUUUGUCUCUGGUAUUUUUUCCUCCUGGCAUACGGGGCCUUGUCUCCCACCAUUUCAACUACUGCGUAUAAAGUCUUCAUUGAAGCCCUUGCUCCAUCAGCUUCCUACUGGCUGAUCACCCUUUGUGUCGUGAUCGCUGCCCUCACUCCUUACUUCUCAUACAAAUCACUUCAGAUGCAGUUCUUCCCUAUGUACCACGGGAUGAUCCAGUGGAUAAGACAUGACGGGCAAUCAGAGGACACCGAAUACUGCAAUUUGGUUAGACAAAGAUCAAUAAGGCAUACGACAGUUGGCAUCAUGGCGCGGUCUUUGGCAAGAACUAAUCCCUUAACUGGCAGUACUCACAGACGCAGAUGAACAUCAAGAUUUUACACCAUGCAUUACGGUUAUUGAACAGAAUCUUUACCCCUAGCGCGUGAUAAACAGAUGGGCUGUUAUUCCAUAUAUAUUACAAGUUCUGAAAUCUGUACAGCAUCAUAAUUGUACAUCAUGUAAGGUUGUCAGAUAGAGUUCCUGAGAUUUGUAAUUUAAUUAAGUUUUUUUUUGUUGUGUUUUUUUGGUAGGAGUACUACUAAACCAAACAUCUCUAUGUUGAAAAUUGUUAAAGUCUUGUUUGUAGAGUACAGGUUCAUCAAGCUUCUCUAUUCAUUUGUAACCAGACUCUGCUGUAUAACAGAUUCUGAUUGAGACAGUAAAUAGCAAUUUGUAAGAAUUUAGCAGAGUAA